CUAGGGCCGAAAUAGACUAUUAUCUGUACUUUUAAUUUUUUUGGGAUUUUUGUAGAUAAUCUAUUGCUUUUCGUUUAUCGCAACAAAAAUAGAAAAGCUGUGUUUAGAGCAGUCUAAAUUUUAUCUUUUUUCUUUCACUCAUCUCAAAUCUUCAAAAAAUAAUUGCGCCUUUUCCAAUAAUUCUUUUUUUUAAUUUCAGAAACUUUGCUCAACAAACAAAUAAAAAUGCAGGGUCCUGCAGGAACGCCAGAGCACAGGCAAUACCAGUGUCGAUAUUUUCCCAUGACGCUGUCGCAGGACGAUAUUGAGGCGCUACAGCCAGGAAAAUGGGUGACAGACGAUGUGAUCGACUUUUAUUUUCGAUCACUCAAGCACAAAUACUUUCGGGACAACAAGAAGUACGUCUACAUCCCAGUCAAUAUCGCCAACCUGUUGACGGAACGCGCAGUAGACAGCAAUCCAAAGUACCUGAAGGACCUGACGGAGGACGCUAAUUCGCUAGACUUUGAGACACAGUGCUUGCGAAAGCCUAAGAACAUCAGGGUGGCAUUUCUGCCGAUCUUUGGCGACGGGCACUGGUCACUCCUAGUUUACCGUAACCAAAAGAACAAGCUGCCUGAAUUCCUGCACUUCAAUUCGUACUUGGACAGCACCCGAGCAAACCACACACAAUGCGCGCGCACGGCGCUAAUCAAUCUUUUGUACGUGUUUCGCGAGAACGAUCCUGAUAUGGAAAUCUCCAAGGAGUCAUACAAGCUGGUGGUCAAGAACUGCCCACAGCAGACGAAUGGGAACGACUGUGGUGUGUUUGUCUGUAUGUAUGCGUAUAUUCUGUCAUCGAGGCUUGCAAAGAGCGAAGGGCAGACCGGGUCGUUCCAGUCGCUUGUUAAGAGGUUGUCGACUUUGUCGUAUUCGCCCUCGGCGCCGGCCCAGGGGAGGAGCACGGAUCGGUUAAAUUUUUCCGAGAAAAAUAAGGAUAAGGAUCGCAAUAAGGCGAUGGAGUUGAUGUGGAAGGUCAAGGAUAAGGAUGCGCUGCCGCCAGACGAGAUGCGCGCGUACAUACAAAAGGUCAUAUACCACGCGUCGAGCUCUCGGAAUGCCUCAGCCAGUUUGUAAUAGACACAAUACAUUGCUGUACCGAAGGAGAGAUAGUG